CCCCCCCGACGCGGGGCCCCCCCGGGAUGCGGGCGCGCCGCUAGCGGGCCGCCAUGGAGGGGCCGAGCGGCUCCAGCUUCGGGAUAGACACGAUCCUGGCGGGCGGCGGCUCCGGCAGCCCCGGCGUCAUGAACGGAGACUUUCGGCCGCACGGCGACGGUCGGCCCGCGGAUUUCCGGAGCCAGGCCACGCCGUCCCCCUGCUCCGAGAUCGACACCGUGGGGACGGCUCCGUCGUCGCCGGUGUCGGUGAGCAUGGAGCACUCCGAGCCGCGCCUGGCCGCCGCCGAAAGCCUCCCUCCGCCUCCGCACCGCCUGCACCUCGGCCCGCAUCCGCCGCCGCCCGGCCUGCAGCCGUCGCCCCCGCAGCCGCAGCCGCCCCAGCUGGGCUCGGCCGGCGCCGGCCCCCGGACUGCCACCUCCUCGUUUUUAAUUAAGGACAUUUUGGGCGACGGCAAACCGCUGGCGGCGUGCGCGCCUUACAGCACCAGCGUCCCCUCUCCCCAUCACACCCCUAAGCAGGAGGGCGGCGCGGCCCCGGAGAGCUUCCGGCCGAAGCUGGAGCAGGAGGACAAGGCCAAGCUCGACAAGCGCGAGGACCCGCAGGGCGACAUCAAAUGCCACGGCACAAAGGAGGAGGGCGACCGGGAGAUUUCGAGCAGCCGGGACAGCCCUCCGGUGCGGGCCAAGAAGCCGCGCAAAGCGCGCACCGCCUUCUCGGACCACCAGCUGAACCAGCUGGAGCGCAGCUUCGAGCGUCAGAAGUACCUGAGCGUGCAGGACCGCAUGGACCUGGCCGCCGCGCUCAAUCUCACCGACACGCAGGUGAAGACGUGGUACCAGAACCGCAGGACCAAGUGGAAGCGGCAGACGGCGGUAGGACUGGAGCUGCUGGCCGAAGCCGGCAACUACUCGGCCCUGCAGAGGAUGUUCCCCUCGCCCUAUUUCUACCACCCCAGCCUGCUGGGCAGCAUGGACAGCACCACGGCGGCCGCGGCGGCCGCGGCCAUGUACAGCAGCAUGUACCGGACUCCCCCCGCACCGCACCCUCAGCUCCAGAGGCCGUUGGUGCCGCGGGUGCUCAUCCACGGGCUGGGGCCCGGCGGGCAGCCGGCUCUCAACCCGCUGGGCAGCCCCAUGCCGGGCACCCCGCACCCGCGGUGAGACGGCACCGCGCUCCCCACCAGCCCUUCCCCUCCCCGUCCCCGACCGAGCCCCAGCACCGCGGAGAAGGCAGCGAGGGGAAGCCCGGGGGCUCCGGGCAGCCGCCGGCGGAGCGGAGAGCGCUCAGAGCGGGGGGACUCUCGAACCGCGCGGCCGCGAAGCGCAGCCCGUAAGUGGAACGAGCGCACGCGGGGGGCAGAGCCCCUGCAGCCGGGACUCGGAGAGCGGGCAGCGGGCGGAGGGAGCGGCCGUAGCCGUGCGGAGGGCCGAGGAGCCGCCCCCACCCGUCGGAGAAAGCGCCGGCGAACGGAGAUCUUUGCACUGAUUUUUCUCAUGACCUUUUUUUUUUCUUUUUUUUUUCUUUCUUUUUUUUUUUUUCUUUUUCAUUUUUUUCUUAUCGGAAAGCGGCAUGCUCCCCAGUGCGGCCAGUUGUACAGACCGAGUGCUGAGUGCUAUAUCAUAUUUAUUAUAUGUCGUCCAGAGAAAAAAAAAAAAAAAAAAAGGAAAAAAAAAAAGAAAAGAAAAAAAAAUCACUUCUCUACGUUAGUUUAAAACGAACGAACGUGGUUCUCCCCGUCCCUUUUCAUGUCUUUUUGGAUUCAGUAAAAUAAAUGCUUAGAUGACAAAAGAUAGAUUUUUUUUUUAUUUUUAUUUUUAUUUUUUAUUUUGGUGACUGAAAAAUUACAGGGAAAAAAAAAUAGGGGGAAAAAAAAAGAAAUAAACUUUAUCUUUUUUUAACAAACAUGGAAACUCGAGGCAGCUAAUUUUCCCCGUACCGAGAAUGCAAGGAAGGAGUUCUGAGCUGGAAACGCAAGCGCCACUCUUUUUUAGAAUUCCUAUUAUUGAUGUUUUCGUUGUUUCAUAACCGGCGAUUUUUUUUUUUUUUUCUGUGUAUUUUGAGGGAAAAAGAAAAUCAACAUAAAACCCUAAAAGUCUCCGCGCUGCAGGUGCGGGCCCUCACCAUUAUCUGAAGCGCCUGGGCCGGGACCGCGGGGCCGGGCCGGGCCGGGCAGCGAACACCGCGCGGGGGUGAGUACCGAGGGGACUCGGCACGGAGCCCCCCAGAGCCGUCGCCGCCCCACGGCAGGAGCUGCCCGGCCCGGUGCUGCCCGGCCCCGUGGGGAUUGGAGGUGGGAGGAGAGGGGCUCGGGUCGGGGUCGCUGCCCUCCGCCGGGUCCCGGGGCGACCCCGGCCGUAGCCUUCGGAGGUCGGCACCCCCCGCGAAAUUAGAAAGUUAUACAGCAAUUACCCAUAAAACAUUCAUAAAGCCCAAUGCUAUCUUCUCCUCUGA